AUGAAUGUGCGGCCUUGGUUUUUAAAUGUGGCAAAUGCAAGAGUUGAAGCAUCCUUUAGAGUUGCUCAUAUCCUUGGAUCUGCUGGAAAACUUUUUUCAGACGGCGAACUUGUGAAAAGAUGUAUCAUGGAAUCAGUUAAAUGCAUUGAUCCCGACAAGGAGCAUAACUUUGAAGCAAUUCCACUCUCACGUGACACAAUUCAGCGCCGACAGUUUCAUAUUGCCAAGCAUCUUAAUCUAUCACUCCUACAAAAAUUAAAUUCUCAAACUACGUUAUUUUCACUUGCCAUUGAUGAGUCAAAUGAUAUAUGUGAUUCUGCUCAGCAGAUCAUAUUUAUUCGUACUCUAUCCUUCGAGUUUGAAAUACAUGAGGAUUUUCUAUCCAUGAAGUCACUACCUGGAAAUGUACGGGGUCAAGAUAUAUUUGAAAUAGUUAAACAAUGUUGUUUGGAAUUCAAAUUGGACAUGACAUGUCUAAGAGGAAUAUGCACAGAUGGCGCACCAGCAAUGUUGGGUAGAAAACAAGGAUUUGUUGCACGCCUAACUGAAUAUGUCUCAGAAGAGUAUAACAAUAAAUCAGUUAUUGGUGUACAUUGUAUUAUUCACCAACAAGCACUUUGGUCACAAAUGAAAAAAUUUGAAGAUACACUUAAUGAAGUAAAACAAAUUAUUAUAUAUAUCCGAAACAAUGCAUUGAGACAUAGACAGUUUCGUACAAUUCUUUCCAGUAGUGAAAUAUCUGCUGAAGACAUUUUAUACCAUGCACAAGUUCGAUGGCUAUCACAAGGUGAAACAGCAUGUCGUGUACUUGAUUUACGAAAAGAAAUAUCAAACUUUUACUCAUCAAAGUAA